AUGAAUUGCACUCCUUUAACAUGGUCAUCAAGUACAGCUGAUAAUCUUAGUCCUACUAUUAUCGUUUGUUCAAUUGCUCUUAUUAUUCAUAUUAUAUUUUGGAUUCAACUUAUACCAUUUUCAUCAUUAAGAAAAAAAAAUUUGAUGUGGUUAUAUGCAUAUUUAAUAACAGAUUUCUUUCUUCUAGCACGAUUUUUUAUUUUAUAUAGUAUGCGUCGUUGGCGUGUAUGUUUAUAUUCAACAUUACGGAUAGUUUUAUGUUAUUGGGAAGCAUCAUCAAAAUUUUAUAUGAAUACAGUACAAAGUUAUAUUUUAUUAGCAUUAAAUAUAUGUCGUUGUGCACAGAUUAUUUUUAAUCGAAAUGUUUUUGUACAAAAUCCUCGUUUAAUUACAUUAACACAUUUUUUAAUUUAUAUAUUACCAGCAUUAAAUGUUAUGAUACAAUUUCUUGCUGAUUGGACUACAUUAUGGCGUAGAACAGGUGAAGCUUGUGAUAUACAAUAUGAAUCAUUAUCUGUACAGAUAUUUAAUUUAUUUUUUGUUUAUAUUAUUCCAAUUGCUUUUAAUUUUAUUAUUAUUGGAUUAUGUAUUCGUCAUGUAAGUUCAAUAAGAGAUAUUCGUAGUCAACAAAUAAUUAAUCUUCGUCGUAAAUAUAAAAAAAAUCUUUUAAUUCAAACAAUUAUAUUUUAUUCAAUUUGGCUUGUAUUAUGGAGUCCAAAUGUACUUGCUUUUCAAUUUAUAAAUAUUAAUACUCAACCUGUUUCAAAUGAAGUUCCAGAACAUCCAGUUCUUUCACCUGUAUCUGGUUGUAUUUAUGAAAAACGUUUAAUUAUUAAAUAUCUUCAUGAAUCUCCAACAGAUCCAAUUAAUGGACAACCAUUAACAGAAGAACAAUUGAUUGAUGUUAAAGUUACACCAUUAAGUAAACCAAAGCCACCAUCAGCUACAAGUAUUCCAGCUAUACUUAAAAUGUUACAAGAUGAAUGGGAUGCUUGUAUGUUACAUAGUUUUACACUUCGUCAACAAUUACAAACAGCACGACAAGAACUUUCACAUGUAAUGUAUCAACAUGAUGCUGCUUGUCGUGUUAUUGCACGUUUAAAUAAAGAAGUAACAGCUGCUCGUGAAGCUUUAGCUACACUUAAACCACAAGCUGGUAUUUCACAAACAAUACCAAUGCAUCCACAUGAACAAUCGACACAAAUUUCACAACAUGCAGCAGCUAGUAUUAGUGGUGAUAGUACUCAAAUAUCAGCAUCAACAGCUGAAGGAAUGACGGAUGAAAUCAUUCAAAAAUUACAAGAUAAAGCAUCUGUAUUAACACAAUUACGUAAACAACGUGGUAAACGUGUACCAGAAGGUUUAACAAGCAUUGAUGAUAUGAGAAAUUUUCGUUGUUCAGCAACACAUACUGCAUUACAUAGUGCUAGUAAUCCAGGUAUUCUAGCUCUUGAUAUAUCACCAAAAAAUUCCAGUAUUAUACUUACUGGUGGUAAUGAUCGUCAAGCUGUUGUAUUUAAUAAAGAUAGUGAACAAGUUAUUGCAACACUAAAAGGUCAUCAAAAAAAAGUUACACAUGUUAUUCAUCAUUUUGAUGAAGAUAUUGCAAUAACAGGAAGUUCUGAUUCAAGUAUUCGUGUUUGGCAUAUUCCAUCAGCACAAUGUCUUAAAAUUCUUAAAGCACAUGAUAAUGCAAUAACAGGUCUUUCAUUACAUCCAACUGGUGAUUAUGUUUUAUCAAGUGCAAAUGAUACUUAUUGGGCUUUAUCAGAUUUACGUACUGGAAAAUUAAUAACUAAAGUUCAAGAUACAACUUCACAAAGAGGAUUAACAUGUGCACAAUUUCAUCCUGAUGGUAUUAUAUUUGGUAUUGGUACACAAGAAAGUUUAAUUAAAAUUUGGGAUUUAAAAGAAUGUAAUAAUGUUGCUGAUUUUCCUGGUCAUACCGGAAGUAUUAAUGCAAUUGCAUUUUCUGAAAAUGGUUAUUAUUUGGCAACUGCAGCUCAAGAUGCAUCAAUUAAAUUAUGGGAUUUACGUAAAUUAAAAAAUUUUAAAACUAUUACACUUGAUGAUCGUUAUGAAGUAUGUGAUCUUGUUUUUGAUCAAAGUGGAAUGUAUCUUGGUGUAGCUGGUACUGAUAUUCGAGUAUAUCAAGCAAAACAAUGGGAUUUACUUAACGUAUUUAAGGAUCAUACAGCUUUAGCAACUGGUGUUCGAUUUGGUUCAAAUGCAAAUUAUAUAGCAAGUUCAAGCAUGGAUCGUUCACUUAAAUUCUAUCAACAAUUAUCCCAAGAAUAA